AUGUCGUCCCUUAAGUACUUGGGGUCUUCGUCUGAUUCCUCCGAGGGCGAUGCGUGGGCGUCAUCGAGAAAAAGCUCGAAGAAAAAAAGGCCUCGGCUAGAACAUCGUUCGAGUGAUCCUGAAGAGGGUGAAAUUCCCAGUGAUGCGCUUGACGAUGACGAGGACGAUGGCUUAGAUGAUGAAUUAUAUGGCGGUGAAGAGGAUAAGCAACGUCUACUAAAAAUGAGUGAAAAAGAAAGGGAGGAGGAGCUUUACCGUAGGAGCGAACGACGUGAAGCUAUGAAGAUCCGGAGAGAUGUGAAGAAGAGACUCAAGGAGAAGAAAGAAAAGGAAAAAGCUGAACGUGCGAAUAGGGAGGGCUCACGUGACUCAAUGAAAGAAAAGUUGUCUAAGCCAAUUAAGAAAAGUUCCGCUUACGCCAAUGUAUAUAGUUCGGAUAGUGAUCAAGGAAGCAGUUCAGAAGAUGAAUCCAUUAAGAGUGGUCUUCGGGAUCGCAAACUCACCCUGGCCAUGCAAAAGGUGCCUAGGCGGUCUAAGCGGCUACAAGAACUUGCUGAUCGUCGGAAGGAGCUGAAAAGCAAAAAGGAAAUUGUUUAUUCUGGCUCUGAUGACGAACGUGCAGAGUCGCAUCUGCAAUCAAAACAUCAUCCUCGAAAAGGCGUUUAUUCUAGUUCGUCGUCAGAUUCCGACUCCAGUCGUUCUGUGAUUGAACAGUCCGUCCAAAAGCGAAGAAGUACAUCCAGUUAUUCUCGGUCAUCUUCCACACCAUCGAGCGACUCCAGUGACGACGAUCGUGGUCGUAGUCGCUCACCAGAGGUUGAAUACAUAACUACGCUUGAGCAGCUCUCUAAAAUACGUCUUUCACGGUUCAAGUUGGAGAAAUGGGUUCACAUGCCCUUCUUUGAUACUCUAGUAAAGGGUUGCUUUGUGCGAAUUCACAUUGGUCAGUGCAGGAAUGCUGCUGUCUACCGAUGUGGAGAAAUUGUUGACGUGAAGGAGAUGGCUAAACCAUAUGACUUGGGCAAAACAAGGACAAAUAAAGGCAUUGUUAUUCGACUGGGCAAGGAUCAACACACUUUUCGUCUGAUGUUCGUGUCUAACUCGGAAUUUUUGGCGGCGGAAUUUGAGAGUUGGAAAAAGUACUCAAAUCAGGCUGGCAUUAAGCCACCCACAACCUCAUUCAUUGCACAAAAGGCCGCCGAAAUCCACAAGUACUUGACUAAUCCCAUUAGUGAUGAGCGUGUUAUUAUACAAUCCAAGCGACGUUUCCAAAAGGUUCCCGUCAAUUUUGCUUUGAAGAAGGCAGAGUUGCUGAAGCAGCGUGAACUGGCAAAUGAAAACAAUGACACAGAUGCCAUACGUCGGAUAGACAUGGAGUUGGAUGAGUUGGAAACGCAAGCAGAGCGGAUUGAACGACGUCGGACCAUUGGGUUUAAGGCCAUUUCGUCCAUCAACCAACGGAACCGUGCUCUAUCAUUGAAGCAAGCCGAGGAGGCCAUCUUAAAGGAGGCCAGGGAGACAGCAGAGUCCAAUGAAGUUGACCCAUUCACGCGAAUCCAGUCACAGCCUGUAAUCGCUACCAAGAGUUACCUUGAGCGUCUGCGAAAUAUGAGGAACGGAUCGCAUGACAGAGGUACUAGUGACGAGAAAGAUGGAACUGGAGCGGAAGGACAAUCUGAAUCCGGCUUGCAAAUGGAUUCACGCAAAGAGACCAAACCGUUCACAGAUAUUGCACAUCAGCCUAAACCUCCGGAAGAGUCUUUGCACGAUAUACACGAUUUCGAGAUUGACAUCAAUGUGGAGUUGAAUACUAGCAGCAACGGCACAAAUCUCGAUGGCCACGAAUCGAGCAUGCACCGAUCCGUAACAACUCCCAUUGUGCCUAUGCAUGGAUCGACGACAGCUAGCAACGCGGAUCAAGCAAACAGCGACAAACCCAGUCGUCGCUUCCUCAACCUUCAAGAGUACAAGAGACGUCGCGGGCUCAUAUAA